AUGCCCGGUGGGAAAAGAGGCCUGGUGGCACCACAGAACACUUUCUUGGAAAAUAUUGUCCGGCGAUCCAGCGAAACAAGUUUUUUACUUGGAAAUGCUCAGAUUGUAGACUGGCCAGUAGUCUACAGUAAUGAUGGAUUUUGCAAGUUGUCGGGAUACCAUCGGGCUGAAGUAAUGCAGAAAAGCAGCACUUGCAGUUUCAUGUACGGAGACCUAACAGAUAAGAAGACCAUAGACAAAGUCAGGCAAACAUUUGACAACUAUGAAUCAAAUUGCUUUGAAGUUCUUCUGUAUCAUAAAAACAGAACUCCACUCUGGUUCUACAUGCAAAUUGCACCCAUAAGAAAUGAAUAUGACAAGGUGGUUUUAUUUUUAUGCACUUUCAAAGAUAUUACCAUAUUUAAACAACCCAUUGAGGAUGAGUCAACAAAAGGGUGGGCCAAAUUUGCUCGACUGACCCGGGCACUGACAAACAGUCGGAGUGUUUUGCAGCAGUUGACUCCAAUGAACAAAUCUGAUGGCGUCCAUAAGCAUUCACGGCUUGCAGAGGUUCUGCAGCUAGGAUCUGACAUCCUUCCUCAGUAUAAACAAGAGGCUCCAAAGACUCCACCUCACAUCAUCCUACACUAUUGUACAUUUAAAACUACCUGGGACUGGAUCAUCCUUAUUUUAACCUUCUACACUGCAAUUAUGGUUCCUUACAAUGUGUCCUUCAGAACAAAACAGAAUAAUAUUGCCUGGCUAGUGCUGGACAGUGUGGUGGACGUGAUUUUCUUAGUCGAUAUUGUCUUAAACUUUCAUACCACUUUUGUGGGACCUGGAGGGGAAGUUAUAUCUGAUCCUAAGCUAAUUAGAAUGAACUACCUAAAAACGUGGUUUGUGAUUGACCUGCUGUCCUGCUUACCGUAUGACAUCAUCAAUGCCUUUGAAAACGUAGAUGAGGGUAUUAGCAGCCUGUUCAGUUCCCUGAAGGUUGUACGUCUUCUGAGACUUGGCAGGGUUGCCAGGAAGCUGGACCAUUACCUCGAAUAUGGCGCGGCUGUGCUGGUACUCCUGGUCUGCGUCUUCGGUUUGGUGGCUCACUGGCUUGCCUGCAUCUGGUACAGUAUCGGGGACUAUGAAGUCAUCGAUGAGGUCACCAACAAAAUAAAAACAGACAGCUGGCUUUACCAGCUUGGACUAAGUAUUGGAACACCCUACCAUUUUAAUGCCAGUGGCACUGGACAGUGGGAAGGGGGACCCACAAAAGAUUCACUGUAUAUAUCUUCCCUUUACUUUACCAUGACAAGCCUUACUACAAUAGGAUUUGGCAACAUUGCUCCUACGACGGAUGGAGAGAAGAUAUUUUCUGUGGCCAUGAUGAUGGUUGGCUCUCUUCUUUAUGCAACUAUUUUUGGAAACGUCACAACGAUCUUCCAGCAAAUGUACGCCAACACCAACCGCUACCAUGAAAUGCUAAAUAAUGUGCGGGAUUUUCUCAAACUUUACCAAGUCCCCAAAGGACUUAGUGAACGUGUUAUGGAUUAUAUAGUGUCAACGUGGUCAAUGUCUAAAGGGAUUGAUAUGGAGAAGGUGCUUGCAAUAUGUCCCAAAGACAUGAGAGCUGACAUCUGUGUCCAUCUGAACCGAAAGGUGUUCAACGAGCAUCCAGCUUUUCGCCUUGCCAGUGAUGGCUGUCUUCGAGCACUGGCCGUGGAGUUCCAGACAAUACACUGUGCUCCCGGUGACCUAAUCUAUCACGCGGGGGAAAGCGUUGAUGCACUCUGCUUUGUUGUCUCUGGAUCACUGGAGGUUAUUCAGGAUGAUGAAGUUGUCGCUAUUCUAGGUAAAGGGGAUGUAUUUGGGGAUAUCUUCUGGAAGGAAACUACUCUGGCACAUGCCUGUGCGAAUGUACGGGCUCUAACAUAUUGUGAUCUUCAUAUCAUCCGCCGGGAAGCCUUAUUGAAAGUCUUGGAAUUCUACACAGCAUUUGCAAAUUCUUUUGCACGAAACCUCGUAUUGACCUGCAAUCUAAGGAAGCGCAUCAUUUUCCGAAAGAUCAUUGAUGUGAAGAAAGAAGAGGAAGAGCGGAUGCGGCUGAAGAAUGAAGUGACACUUAAUAUCCCAGUGGACCAUCCAGUCAGGAAGCUCUUCCAGAAGUUCAAGCAGCAGAAAGAACUGCGGAAUCAGGCUGCAGAGCGCAGCAACUCAGACAGAAACCACCUCAGAAUGGAUAACCAUUCAUUUCACAAUGGUGUCUCUACCACAGGCACGAGUGUGGUUACGGUGUCUCAGAUUACUCCAAUACCAUCCUCCCUUUCCUUUGUGAGAAAUAAUGAGCAGAAGAUGCAAAUGCAGCGGGAGACUGUGGAGUUGAGAACAAAAGGUCUGAAUGAGCAGCUGUGCUCUAAGGUUACUAGUCCCAUGCAGGCCAAGACUGGAAAUGGAAAAGGAUGGUUAAGACUUAAGAAUUCUGUUGCCUUCACUGACUCUUUCCCUGGGACAAGAGAGGAGAAAGAGCAAAACUGGAACAAUGUUAUCAAAGCUGAAUCCAUGGAAAUUCUUUCAGAGGAGUCAAAAGGUGCAGAUUCUGAGAACAACGUUAUAAAGAACCCUUUGAGGAAGACGGACUCAUGUGAUAGCGGUAUUACAAAAAGUGACCUGCGGUUAGACAAGGCUGGAGAGAUUCGCAGCCCAUUGGAGCAUAGCCCGGUUCAAGCUGAUGUCAGGCACCCCUUCUACCCAAUUCCUGAGCAGGCCUUGCAGACCACACUGCAAGAAGCCAAAAUGGAACUGAAAGAAGACAUUCAGUUGCUAUGCAACCGAAUGACUGGUCUUGAGAAGCAAGUGACAGAAAUCCUUCAGAUACUGUCUGAAAAGAACACAAGUCAGGAAAUGUCACAUGUUUCUAAGCCUCCAGCUCCAUCGUUGGAAGAAGAUCUUCCGUCUUAG